UGUUUGUGUGUGUGUCUGUGUGCGUGUGUGUGUGUGUGUGUAUGUGUCUUGGUGAAUGUGAGUACAGGGAAGCAGCCGCCGCCAUUUCGGAGCGCUUGCCGACGUUGUCGCAGGGGUGGAUCCUGAGCUGCCGAAGCCGCCGUCCUGCACUCCCGCGCGGCCUCUUCUAAUCCCAUUGUUUCUUUUAGAUUCGCUCGGGCCUCUCCGCCCUCGGAGCCCGAAAUUCGGGCUGGGCGGUACCGCGGCCUGGCCCUAGCGGCUUAACAGUAGUAACUGCGGCGGCAGCAACAGCAAUUCCCUCCCCCUGCCCGACUCCACCGAGCACCACAGGGGUCCGAAAGACCGCCCAGGCGUUUAGAGAAAAAUGGCAGACGAUAUUGAUAUUGAAGCAAUGCUUGAGGCUCCUUACAAGAAGACUUGCCUAACGAUAUCUCACCUCUACUCCCAUGAAUUCACCUUUGAUUCCAGUGUGAACUGUCAAUCAUAAGGAUGAGAACAAGUUGAGCAGUGCUAACGGCCAUGAAGAACGUAGCAAAAAGUAAGAAAAAAAGCAAGAGCAGAAGUCGUAGUCAUGAAAGAAAAAGAAGCAAAAGUAAGGAACGGAAACGAAGUCGAGAUAGAGAACGGAAAAAGAGUAAAAGUCGUGAAAGGAAGAGAAGUAGAAGCAAAGAAAGAAGACGAAGUCGUUCAAGAAGUCGAGACCGCAGAUUCAGAGGCCGCUACAGAAGUCCUUACUCCGGACCAAAAUUUAACAGUGCCAUCCGAGGAAAGAUUGGGUUGCCUCAUAGCAUCAAAUUAAGCAGACGACGUUCUCGAAGCAAAAGUCCAUUCAGAAAAGACAAGAGCCCUGUGAGGGAACCAAUUGAUAAUCUAACUCCUGAGGAAAGAGAUGCAAGGACAGUUUUCUGCAUGCAGUUGGCGGCUAGAAUUCGGCCACGGGAUUUGGAAGAGUUUUUCUCUACAGUAGGAAAGGUUCGAGAUGUGAGGAUGAUUUCCGACAGAAAUUCAAGACGUUCUAAAGGAAUUGCUUAUGUGGAAUUUGUUGACGUUAGCUCUGUUCCUCUAGCUAUAGGAUUAACUGGCCAACGUGUUUUGGGAGUGCCCAUCAUAGUACAGGCAUCCCAGGCCGAAAAAAACAGAGCUGCAGCAAUGGCAAACAAUCUACAAAAGGGAAGUGCUGGACCUAUGAGGCUUUAUGUAGGCUCCUUACAUUUUAACAUAACAGAGGAUAUGCUUCGGGGAAUCUUUGAGCCUUUUGGAAGGAUUGAAAGUAUCCAGCUCAUGAUGGAUAGUGAAACAGGACGAUCCAAGGGGUAUGGAUUUAUCACGUUUUCUGACUCAGAAUGUGCCAAGAAGGCUUUGGAACAACUUAAUGGAUUUGAGUUAGCAGGAAGGCCAAUGAAAGUUGGUCAUGUUACUGAACGAACUGAUGCUUCCAGUGCUAGCUCAUUUUUGGACAGUGAUGAACUGGAAAGGACUGGAAUUGAUUUGGGAACAACGGGUCGCCUCCAAUUAAUGGCAAGGCUUGCAGAGGGUACAGGUUUGCAAAUUCCACCAGCAGCACAGCAAGCUCUACAAAUGAGUGGCUCUUUGGCAUUUGGUGCUGUGGCAGAAUUCUCUUUUGUUAUAGAUUUGCAAACAAGACUUUCUCAGCAGACGGAAGCUUCAGCUUUAGCUGCGGCUGCUUCUGUUCAACCACUUGCAACACAAUGCUUCCAACUCUCUAACAUGUUUAACCCUCAAACAGAAGAAGAAGUCGGAUGGGAUACCGAGAUUAAAGAUGAUGUGAUUGAAGAAUGUAAUAAACAUGGCGGAGUUAUUCAUAUUUAUGUUGAUAAAAAUUCAGCUCAGGGCAAUGUGUAUGUGAAGUGCCCAUCCAUUGCUGCAGCCAUUGCUGCAGUAAACGCAUUGCAUGGCAGGUGGUUUGCUGGAAAAAUGAUAACAGCAGCGUAUGUACCUCUUCCAACAUAUCACAACCUCUUCCCUGAUUCUAUGACAGCAACACAACUACUGGUUCCAAGUAGACGAUGAAGGAAGAUAAAGUCCUUUAUGUAUAUAGCUUUUUUCUUUCUUGAGAAUUCAUCUUGAGUUAUCUUUUAUUUAGAUAAAAAUAAAGAGACAAGGGUCUACUGUCA